UUCAAACCUCAGGUACCAGAGCACCUCUGCCCAGGGUGUGCACCUUGAGACGUUCCAAGGCCCCUGCAGGCUUGAUUUCAGUUCGGAGGUCCACAGCUGCAGGAAAAGAAACCCAGCAAGCCCCUGGAUGAGGAGCCUUCAUUGGUAAGUCAUUGCUUUCCUUACGUAACAUCUGGUCCUGUUCUAUUAGGAUCCCAUCUGGGUACAGUGUCUUAGGAGAUAGAUGAACUCCUGUCCAGGGCACUAGGGAGAGGUCACACUACCUUCUUGGUCUUGUGUGUCCUGUUCUGUUUUGUCCUGAUUCUUCUGAGGUUUGGGUUUGGGGUGACUGGAAGACAAAAUGGGUAACAAGACUAGUAAACCCUACAUACAGAACUCCCCACUGCUUCAUUCCUGUCAGUGCCCAUCUCAAUCCAAACCCCGACCUCAGCCCUCAUCUAAAUCCAAACCCCCACCUCAACCUGAACCCUCACCUCAGCCCUCACCCUCACCUCAAUCCAAACCCCCACCUCAGUCUUCAUCUAAAUCCAAACCCCGACCUCAGCCCUCAUCUAAAUCCAAACCCAGACCUCAGCCCUCAUCUAAAUCCAAACCCCCACCUCAGCCCUCAUCUAAAUCCAAACCCCCACCUCAGCCCUCAUCUAAAUCCAAACCCCCACCUCAGCCCUCAUCUAAAUCCAAACCCCCACCUCAGCCCUCAUCUAAAUCCAAACCCCCACCUCAGCCCUCAUCUAAAUCCAAACCCUCGCCUCAACCCUCACCCUCACCUCAACCCCAACCCCUACCCCACCAGCUGGAUCACUCCCCGUCCUUCCCCCUCCCCACAUCCAAUUGGGAUUUACUUCCUUAUGCUUCUGACUCUCUUCAGACCGCUGGGUCCUCCUCCCUCACCAGGUCUCCUGCUGCUGAUCUUUCUAACUGGAACCCCCAGAGCCCUCCUUUGAGCACCAGCAGGAGCUGUAUAGCCUAUGUACCUUUAACGACCACUGCUCUCCUUAAAUGGAAGAUGCAGUACCCUUCUUUCAGCAAAAACCCAAGUUCCCUGAUCUCUCUAAUGGAGUCUAUCUUCUCCAUCCACUUUCCUUCUCUAGAUGAUUGUGAGAAUAUCUUAGCCAUCUUCUUCACCUCUGAAGAGAGGAGCCGGAUUCUGACUGAGGCGGAGAAAGCAUUUUUCAGAAUGGGCACACAGACUGGCAGAUGGAGGGCAGAUGAGGUUGACUGUGUCCUACCUACAUGGAGACCUGACUCUAGGACAGAGAAAGAUAGGAGGGAACUCAGAUAUUACCACAAGGCUUUGUUAGAGGGAAUGAGACAGGCAGCCUGGAAGUCCACUAACUUCCUCAGGGUGCUGUGUACUAUACAACAUCCAAAGGAAUCGCCUUUCGAGUUUCUUGAGCGCCUCCUGAAGGUGUACCGCAAACACACACACAUAGAUCCAGAUGACCCAAUAAACUUCAGGGAGAUUAACCAAAUGUUCGUUGACAAUUCAGCCUCAGACAUACGUAAUGCAAUCCAAAACCAGUAUGGAUUUGAAUACAUGACUAGGUCAGAAUUAUUGAAAAUAGCCCAGAGAGUGUUUGACAAUAGAGAGAGCGAUGAAGUGCUGAUAGCAAAAACAGUGAUUAAGUGUCUGACCGAGUCAGGGAUUUUCUGUGACUCCUUCAGUCGUGGCCAGAGACCACAGAGGCUUAGAAGAGACCAGUGUGCUUACUGCAAGAGAUUGGGGCACUGGAAAAAUGAAUGCCCCUAUCGAAGACAGGUCUGUUCCCGCCGGGGCCAGUUUUAGCUUUUAAGAGGAUAUAGUAGGUCCAUGGCUCUUUAAAAUUAGGCCCCUAGGAGCCUAUGGUAACCUUUUCAGUUGGGGCCAAUCUGUAAAUUCCAACUAGGGGCCGCCUUUAUAUUUGGUAUUUUACAAAAACCCUUGGGGCCCCUCAUCAAUCAAACAGCGGAAAUGCAGGGGCAACAGGGGAAGUCAAAACUAUAAACGGGACUGCAGAGCGGACUGUUAAUCCAGGGAAGAGGAACAGUGACUCAUUACUUGCAUUGUUCUCCCUGAGUGUGCCUGUUUACUUUGCUGGGAAGAGACCCACCCAGGCAAGCCCCGGGCAACUUCUCAGGAGAUGUGACUAAAUUAUAGCUAGGGGGUGCAGCCAAAAUCCUGUUGGUCACCUGUCCCUUAAGCGGGAAGUGCCUUCUCCAUCACCAGGGUCCAAUCCAGGUCCC